UAAUCUUGACUGUAGUCAUAACGGCGAACGGAUUCGCACUGAACGAAUCGAGAAGUGAACAGAAUAACUACAAUUUGGCACCAUGAGAACUUUCCCAAGCUUGUAUUUUAGUUUUCCACUUUUUGCGACUUGUUUUCUUGUUGUUGCAAUAUUAACUGCAAGAGCUGACUUCUGUGAAGUGAAUGUGUGUCUGAAUGGAGGAACUUGUGUGACGGGAGCAGGGAAGGAUGCCUUUAUCUGCAUUUGUUCUGACGGCUUCACUGGACAAACCUGCAAUGAGACAGCGAUUGGGCCCUGCGAGCCUAACCCCUGUCAAAAUGAUGGUGUCUGUGAGAUCAUCGCCAACUCGCGUCGAGGAGACGUCUUCAGUGAAUAUGUUUGCAAGUGUUCAAUAGGUUACGAUGGUAUCCACUGCCAGAACAAUGUGAACGACUGUGCUGGCCAGCCCUGUCAGAAUGGAGGCAUCUGUCGAGAUCUUGAUGGAGAUUUCACCUGUAAAUGCCCCUCACCCUAUGGCGGAAAGCAUUGCCAACUGCGCUGCAUCUCUCUUCUGGGGAUGGAAGGAGGAGGUAUCGCCGAGUCUCAGAUCUCUGCCUCUUCUGUGUACUACGGCAUUCUGGGGCUGCAGCGAUGGGGUCCCGAGCUGGCCCGACUGAAUCACAAGGGACUCGUUAAUGCCUGGACAUCUGCGACACAUGACAAGAACCCCUGGAUCGAGAUCAACAUGCAAAGGAAGAUGCGUUUCACUGGCAUCAUCACCCAGGGCGCCAGUCGCAUGGGCACGGCGGAGUUCAUCAAAUCUUUCAAGGUGGCAUCCAGCUUAGAUGGGCGAACCUACACCAUGUACAGACCAGAGGGCCAGAACAAAGAUAUGGUCUUUGUUGGCAACAUGGACAACGAUGGGACAAAAACCAAUUUGUUCGACCCUCCAAUCAUAGCUCAGUACAUUCGAAUCAUUCCUAUUGUUUGUCGUAUAGGUUGUACGCUGAGAAUGGAGCUGGUGGGCUGUGAACUCAAUGUGUAUUUGAACACGACAGGUUGCUCCGAGCCGCUGGGUAUAAAGUCACGGCUGAUCGAUGACAGGCAACUGACGGCCUCCAGUUCUUUCCGCACCUGGGGCAUCGAGACUUUCACCUGGCACCCGCAUUACGCCCGUCUGGACAAGCAGGGCAAAACCAACGCCUGGACCGCUGCCACCAAUAACCACUCAGAGUGGCUUCAGGUGGACUUACUCAGACCAAAGCGCAUCACUGGGAUCAUCACACAAGGAGCCAAAGACUUUGGUAAUGUGCAGUUUGUGUCGGCAUUUAAAGUGGCUCACAGUGAUGAUGGCAAGUAUUGGACCAUACUUAAAGAUGACAAGACAAAAACGGAUAAGAUUUUCCCUGGCAACAGUGACAACAACGUGCACAAAAAGAACGUGUUUGAGCCCCCCUUCUACGCACGAUUUGUCCGCAUCUUGCCGUGGGCGUGGCAUGAACGCAUUACUCUGCGAAUGGAGCUCCUGGGCUGUGAUGAGUAAAAUUUCUCUCUCUCUCUCUCUCUCUCUCUCUCUCUCUCCUUUUAUAUUUCCUUCCAUUCCUUCUCCCUUGAACCACACCUGCACUGCAUCACUCUUAGCAACAGAGGGCACCACACGACCCUGCACAGCUGGGGGUCUGAUCUGACAACGGCUGACGAGAAACUAAGCCCAAACCCACAGUCUGAACUGUUUAGCAUUACAUACUUUGUACUGUACUGCAGUGCCAUUUGAUGAUAAAGUAAAUGCUAAAAUCAACAUUUGAUGUUUAUUUGCCCUAGAUGUGCCCAUAUUAGGCAAUUGCUGUAUUGUACUGAAGUGAAGUCACAUUGAAGAAAAGACAAAUUAUAGAUCUGGAGAGACUGAAACUGUAAAGACCAAAUAUGUCUAUUUAUUUUCACAGUAAUUGCCAUUAGAUGAAAGGUUGUAAUUGCUGUCAAAUUGUUUUAUAUCUUAGAUAAUAAAGUAGUUUAAAUUAUGAAAUUACCAAAUCAGGACAAAAUAUUGUGGUUUUGUUGUGCUUUAGUAUACCGAUUUGUACAUUUAUGAAAAUAUAUAUAUAUAAAUUAUAUUAAGUCACUUAAAUUCUGUGUUUUAGACUAGACUAAUGCAUUCAACUUUUUAUUUUUAACAACCCUAAAAAGUCGAUCCUUUUAUCAUUUGAUCAGUAUUGUUUAAAUUCAAUGCCUUGGCCGGAGCUGCCAUGGAUCUCGGGGGUGCAAUUUAAUCAGUGUACUACUGAAUUUUAUUAUUUUUUUCCCAGCAUAAAUCUAAACCAAGAUUUUUGGUACAAAAACAAUUUGUACUCUCAAAAGCCAAAGUAGUCUUUUAUUUCUUAUUAUGAAGUUCAAACAAAUGUGCAAUUUCUCUUCUUUUUAAAUUGGGGCCACACUUUAAGCAGUAUAUGCUUAGAAAUAACCCAUCACUGGUCACAAGUGUGCAGUAUUAAAGCUCUUGUAUAAUAAGAUGCCAGGAGGGGGUUGGGUGCAAAUCUAAUUUUCGAAUAAUUUAUACGGUGGCACUGAUUAUCUGAUAUGACUGUCCAAUCUACAUAAUGCUUUGAAAAGAACCCUUCCACUCGAAUAAAUUUAAAUUUUGGGCUUGUGCAAUAUGAUAUGAGUAUUAAUAUUAAUUCAUAUUAAUGGAGGUUUUGGGGGAAAUAUAUGGGGAGUAUUUCCCUGGGAUAUUUUCGGAGAUGAAUUUUAAGAGGUUUAUUCAAGGUAACAAACACUGAAGAAUACUGGCAUAAUCCAGCAUGGUUCUGUAUUUAGGCUGCAUGCAUUUUAUUUUUAUUUUGGACUCUUAACCAGUGUUAGCAUUUGAUUUUCUUAAAGAGCUGUGUUUAGUGCUGUAAACACUCAGCAUCUUUAUUUCUAUUAAGUGUGUUCUUUCAAUGAUUCUUAAACUUUUUUUUAUUUUCUUUUAAUGCCUUAUACUGUAGCGCUCUUGUGUUCACAUUGUUUAGACGAUGCAUUUCCUUAAUAUCUCUUGAAAUAUUUUCUUCAUGUUCUGAACUGUAAAAAUCAAUAAAGAAUACAAAUAGAUACUUGUGGCCUUUGA